AUGGCUUUGUGGAAGGUAUUUUAGAAAGCAGGACAAAGAUCCUCUAUGCCUGCUGCAUUCAAAGAGGGAUUAUUCGAAAAACCAGGAGAGUUUUAAUACAAAGUGAAAAACAUUGCAAUAAGCUAUGAAACAGCUUCUUGGAUGCUGAGAGAAGGUAUUGUAGAAAACAAUCCAAACAAAUGGGGCUAUGUUUUGAGUAAAUCACACAGAGAUUUUAAUGAUUAUUGGACGAGAACUAUGUUUACUAGGUGUGGCUUGUUUUUAACCGCGUGUUGGCUAUUUAGUUGUUUAUACACAAAACCAAGAUUUGAUUGGCAAGAUUAUCAUGAUCCUAAAUUCGAAUAGAAAACAUAUGGUGAUUUAGAAGAAGGAGGUGAUGAAGGAGGAGAUGAUGAUUGAAAGAAUCAAGAUAUAAAAAUAAAUAUAAAAAUAUAAUUAACUUAAA